UACUACAACAGGUCUUACAUUGGUCCUUGUAUUUUUGGUUGGUGCAAUGGCUGCCAAAAUUCAACCCAAAUAUCAAAAGAUACCUUAUGGAAUGGCGGAAUUUGGACCCUUUAAUGGUCAAAACUUAUCAUUGGAAAUGCCAUUAUCUAAAAAUUUAACUCAGCUAAAUCGUCUGAGUUUGGCCGAAAAAUGUGUGCCGUUUAGACGCAGAUGCACGAUGGCCGAGCAAUGUUGCAGUCUAAAAUGCCUGGUUUACAUUCAACGUUGCAACGCUUAACCUACUUUAGAUUUUUACAAAAGAUUUAUCACCUGAAAUAAAAUAUUACUGAAUAUGAA